GGAGAGGCUACAGAUGGCCUGUGAGAUGGACGCUUGCCAAGGUUGUUGACUUGCCAAGGCCAAGGCGCUGGAGGAUCCCUGCCGGGUAGAAGUCUUGGGGUCAUGUGAGAACGGGUUGGCGGUGGGUGGUCCGGAGUACAAGGAGCCACACUGGGGUGCGAAGUGCCGCAGGAGGGGUUAGCGGCCAAGUGGACAUCAUGUAGAUCCCUGUUCGGUUGCAAGCUAACAACAGUGUGAGGCAGCAUUCCAACUCCUAACCUAAGGGAUGAUUCCCAAGCCGAGGUCUCACGGGUGCCGUAGAACCUCCGGCCACCAGAGGUCGCCCGCAGCGCGCCUGUCUCUCUAGCCGGAAAGGCCUGCAAGUGGCAUAUAUCCCAGGAUUCUGCGCGGUGCCGUUCUUCCUGUCCCGGCCGCCAUCGGAGAGCAUCAGCCAUGGCUCUGCGCUACCCCAUGGCCGUGGGCCUCAACAAGGGCCACAAGGUGACGAAAAACGUCAGUAAGCCGAGACACAGCCGGCGACGCGGGCGCCUCACCAAACACACCAAGUUCGUGCGGGACAUGAUCCGGGAGGUGUGCGGCUUCGCACCCUACGAGCGGCGAGCCAUGGAGUUGCUCAAAGUGUCCAAGGACAAGCGCGCACUCAAGUUCAUCAAGAAGAGGGUGGGCACGCACAUCCGCGCCAAGAGAAAGCGGGAGGAGCUGAGCAACGUGCUGGCAGCCAUGAGGAAGGCGGCGGCCAAGAAGGAUUGAUGAACCCUCCCCCAAUAAAAGAUGGUUCCUACA